ACACCACUAGUGGCCAGUCGCGGCGCUACUUCCGCUUUAUUUAUUUUUCCAUUGUUUUCUUUUCGUGCGUACCAGAGGUUUCGUUUUCGAAUCUGCCAAUGUAUAAACACCAAUAAACACAUACUUCAUUAUUUGAUUACUAAACCAUGAAAGUUUAAAUAUCCGCUGAUAAACUUCGUAAAAAAUGACGGAAAUGCUUCAAGGAGCGUGUUUUGGGAUGUGUUCCGAAAAAGAACGUUGGCUCCGUGAACGAGAGGGCUUGUUGCACAUUUUGGAGAUAGACGAUCGAACGAAGCAUUUAAGAAGACCAAAAGCUGAUCCAGCAAAAACUGUCAAAUGUUACAGCCGACCCUCCGCUGGAAAAUCUAUGACAGAUAUCAGUGAACUUCGACCAGCACCUGUGCUCUUGAUGACUAUAAGAUAUUUGUUCAAAAAUGUUGCCACUCGUGCCGAUAUAAACUGGGCUCUGGUUUAUGAAUUCAUUUUUGACAGACUAAGAGCCAUUAGACAGGAUGCAGUCAUCCAGAGACUCAAUAUACCGAUCAGUAUAGAACUCUACGAACCUAUAGUUAAAUUCCAUAUUUAUGCUGGAGAAAGAAUGUGUGAUCGACCUCUUGAGGAGUAUGUGCCAAAGUUCAAUGACCAACAUUUACUAGAAUGUAUAAAACAUUUGUUGGUUCUUUACGACGAACGAGAAAGAAUUCCUGAAGAAAAGCAUAACUUACAAGAUCACAUGGCUUGUUUGAGCAUUAACGACAAGAGAGCACAGAUCGAGGCUCUCUACAUAUUACUGUAUCUUGGUGAUGCUACAGCAUUACAAAGAGGAUUGUUGUUACCCAAGAAAUACAGAGAAUCGAAGGAAGUAAAAAAUGCCAUGGAGAUAUCGCUCGCUUGGUACCUAAAUAAUUAUGUGCGUGUGUGCAAACUCAUAGGAAAAUUAGAACCCAUUUUUGCAUGCGCUGCUCUCAGGAAUUUACCGAGCAUUAGAAGGAAUGCUCUACGUAUCAUGAGUUCAGGUUACAACAGUCAAUCUCUUACUUUCCCGGGCUUAAGAUUGCAAGAAAUCUUAUUGUAUAGAGACAUCAGUAAAAUAGAGAAUGACUGUAAAUUGUUUGGGCUGACGUUUACUCGUGAAAAGAACGUGCAAUUUCAAAAAUCCAAAUUCAACGAAAAUGAACUUUUGGCGAACGUGGAAAAACAAUUCAAAUUCGAGGCUUUACAUAAAUUAUUACCAGAAAUACUGCUCGAAUGACUGCAAUAUCGAACUUUCACGUGGCAACUGCAAUAUGGAGGUUCUUCGUGGAUCAAAUAUUCCUAAGAGAUCUCGCGGGACGAAGACUGUGAUUAGACAAUAAGUUUUAAUCGUACGAGAAAAAAAUAUACAAUAUUUUUGUGUCGGAAA